CAGAGGGUAUUGACAUUGCCUUAUAAAAAGAGACAAAAUCACUGACCGUAACUCGCCCGCGUCCUCCGCUGACAUUGACUUCCAGCCAGAGCAAGGUGUUCUACCUGUGCUGCUGCAGUUAUCGCUUUACUAACCGACGGAAAAUACAACAGAGAAGUUAUAAUUUCUUCUAACCGACGAGUCAACACCAGACACUAGAAAUCGACUGCUUGUUGAGGCACUACAGGGAAAAAGUGACACAAGCCGUGUUAAGACAGUUGCUUUUAUGGUAACGACUACAUAAGAAAAAGUGACAUUCAGGCAAAUUUUCAUUUUUAAAGGAAAAUGUCUGGAAUAGAUCAGGAUACAGUUCAGAUCUAUAGUAUCAAAUAUAGGGCAGGGUCAGAUAAAAAUGAAAGCAUGGAAAGCGGAAUCGACGUCGAGAACUCUUACAAACAUUCCGAACCCGUAGAGAGAACCACACAACACGAUGACAUUGGGUUACGUUCCAAGGCAAAAUGCUUCUGUGGAUUCUUAAUAUUCAACCUAAUUCUCACCACAGUCAUUUUGGUGUUAGUUAUAGUAUUUUGGAGCAGCACGUAUGUUACCAGAGAAGCAGCAAAGCCAAGUGACCUCCCCACUACUAAUAUAGCCACGACUCCUUCAUCUGCCUCAACCCAAGAACAACUGCAGGCGCUGAUUGGUAGCGAGCCCCAGGUAGAGGUCCGAACAUUUACUAACUGGGCGGAAAGCCAGGUCGUUGCUGACGUUCUCUUCGUGGCGCCGACUUCUUUACUCCACGUGCAGCAGGUUAUAAGAGCAGCUAGGAAACUGGGAUUGCGUAUCCGCGCAGUAGGAGCGGGCUACUCCUGGAGCCCACUGUUUGCCGAUCCAGGUCACAUCUUGAUGAGCACCCUUAACAUGACACGACAUGAUGGGCCACUCCUGGAGCUCAACCCACCGAACCACUGGCAAGGUCAUACCUCCGUCACAGUUUCUACCAGCGUCCGGUUCUUUGACUUCGACAACUUCCUGAUCAGCCACAAUCUGACCCAGCUAACCGGGCCUGGGUCCAUCUCGCCGACCGUAGUGGGCUCACUGUGCACCUCCUCACACGGAAGUGGAUCUCACUAUCCAAUAGAGAAUAAUUUCAUCGUUGCCAUGAGAGUAAUCAACAGUGAAGGAGAACUUAAGUCCUAUAAUGUGUAUCACCACAAAGAGGCUAUGCGCGCACUGGUGGCUUGUCUGGGAAUGUGCGGGAUUAUAUAUGACGUCACAAUCACGGUAUAUCCGAUCAGGAUUGUAGCAGGCUAUAACAAAUGGGCAACCGUGGAGGAAAGUCUGUAUAACAGCACGGCACUGCUGCAGGAGUUAAGUGAUGAAACCAACAUGUUUGUAUUUUUUUACUGGGCACCACUGACGUCAGCAACAGAAUCGGAAAUGACAUAUUUCAAUGACCGUGGUCACAUGCCAACAACGUGGAAGGCAGAGAAAGAUCAUGUAUGGAUAAAAACUCUGAAGCCGCUGUCUGCUGAGGAGGGCAGCAAGGUGAAUGUGACCCGGUACAACACAGUGCGGCCACUACACCACACUGUCAGACCGCAGCGGGAGGGGAAAAAUUUCACCCACACAGAUACCAAGAGUAAUGGUGACUUGGCAAGGAUGUUCCUUCCUCCCGGUCCAGAUUAUUUUUAUAGUGUAGAAGGCUACAGACACUCUGACGAAACAAUCCAGGCGCUGUUAUAUUCCACGGAGAUUGCCCUAAAAGACAAAGAUGAUUUUGCAAACACUAUCGCUGCGUUGAAGAUCAUUGUCGCCAAAGCGGAAGAGUACGCUUACGCCUAUCCCCAUUUCCCUGUGGCCACUGCCUCUGUCCGUGUGGUCAGGGGCAGUGAAGACUGCCUGCUGUGUACCAACAACUACGGCCCCGAGACUACCGGCUACUACGUCUCCUAUGUAGAGCUGUUGGCACACGCCUACUCUUAUCCAUUAUACACACAGUUCACAAAAGAGGUUCUCAAGGAGCUCAAAGAUAUUCCCUCAUCUCGCCCCACGUGGCCCAGAUUAAUUCAGAUGUACGGUAAAGACUUGAGGGAGGAAGUGUGGGACUCGUAUCCCGUAGACAAGUUCAUUUGUGCAAGGCAGCGGGCACGUCUCGAUCCUGAUAAUAUGUUCGUUAAUCAGUUCUUAGAAGACAUAUUUUAUAAAGACACGGUGGUGAAUUGUACCUAGACGACUGUGCUGUUUUAUCAAUGCCCACAAAACAAUGUUUUAACAAUUAAAAUGCCCUACCUGGCUGCUGCACUGGGCUUGCGUCCGCUUGGAGAGAGAAUUAUGUCCACUCUCAUCACCUUCAAAGUCGAGGCUUCGGCAAUACUGGUUUGUCAACAAUAAGUCCGCUGGUUAUCAGAAAGUUACCAUUUGCUUCUCGCCAUUUCAUAUUUUCUUCACCCUCUAGUCAUGGCAAGAUAUCUGAUGAUGUGGUAUAUUCAAAUCAACAUGGUGGGAAAAACAGACGCCACGAGGGCAAUAUGGCGAUUCUAUCACUUCAGAUAACAUUCCACGUCAAAGUUGAGAGAUUCUAUCAAAGUACCUGAAUGUGUAAAUAUUUUAAUGUUUUAUUACAAACUGUACAGGUAGGGCUUGAUUUCAAAGGUACAUUCUAUACUACAUUGAAAGAAAAUAACUUUGAUAAUUCACUAAUAUACGAAGAAAUAAACUAUUUUCAGCGACAAUAUUUAAAAAAAUCCAAUCUUUAAAAAUGAAAACAAUUUGUCAGUGCAGAUCAAUGCCGCAAACCAUGGAUAUCCCUUCCCUCUCCUCUCUCGACAAGCAAUAACACUAGAUACUCUACAUGUACAAUACAGUUAGACCGUCGACGAAAAUUUUCCACACAGGAGGCAAAACAAGCGAGGAAAGUGUAACUUGAGGUUUUUCCUCAUCUGAUAUAGAAUAUCAAGUCUGAAAUGAAGUCAUCAUCCAACUACCCCAGCUUUAU